AUGGUUCGAAUUUCAUGGUGCCUGACGCGUGGACUGCUGACCCUGGCUCUCGUGCGAUGCUGCUGUGGCAAGGGCGGAACUGGAUCUAGUGGCAGGGGAACCUCGAGUACAGGUGGCGGUGCCCGCGUCGUAGCUUCCAGGACGACCUAUUCCUCCACCACCGGCUACGUGGCAGCUGCCAUGAUUCUAUCCGGUUCGCGGCGGCGCUGGGGAACAUAUGGCCACGGUAAUGCUGCUGGAUCUGGAGAUAGUGUUUGCACCCUGCUGACUGAGGAUGAGAUGAACGACACUUGCUCAAACCUCAUGGAGAACGAGACCAACUGUUUCGAUUGCAUGGCUUGUGAGGUGGAAGAGUGCGUGGGAAACAUCACGAACUGUGAUGAGUACCUGGCUACUGUCUACAAGGAAUGUUGCGUUGAGAACUGCGAUGCCAUUGCAGUUGGCGCAGGCUUUGUGGAGUUGAACGGCGUGGAUAUCAUGGUGCACGUGAACGACUGCAAACCUGAGGAUGUUGAACUCUUCACAGGAGGGCAGCCGCAAGUGGGCGACACUGUAAGCUUCGAGAUUGAACCGCGCAAGGACAACCCCGAGCAUAUGCAAGCCAAACGAGUGAUCGGCGGUACAGAUGAGCGCUGCUGCAAUACCAAGGGCAAAGGCCAAGUUACUCCAGUUCAAGGCACUGGGCAAUUCUCUGGCGUCGUCAAAGCCUUCAAUGCGAAAGGCUUUGGCUGGAUCGAAUUCCCUGACGGCUCACGGACCUGGGUAGAGCUGCGCGACUGCGUGGGCUCAAGGCCUGUCACAGGCGACCGGGUGCAGUUCGACUUGCAAGCGACGGGGCAGCCAGGAAGGGCACUACAAGCGGUGAAUGUCACUGGAGGCACUGCACCGUUGGAUCUGAAAGAUGCGGUUCUCAGUCGCGACAUGGCCAAAGCCAAAGCCGUAGCAGCCACAGCGGCCGCAGCAGCCAAAGAUACCAAAGCUGUGGGACAGCAAUUGACGCUGAAGAAGAAUGCCCAGGGACAUUUGGUCGGCUGUGUCCUUCAGCUGCAGUGGGGGGCGCGAUAUCCCGGUGUGUUCUCGCUGCCAAAGAAGCGGCAUAUCAGACAUCGUGGCAACAACCACCAUCACCAGCGCAGCAGUGGACCCAAUGCAGCUGCAAAGACAGCUGGCCAAACGACCCGGUUGGGAGCGCGUAAAACCUACGAAGUAAAGCCGACACGGCCCACAGCGCGACGCUACACCAUGCUCGCUCAGCAGAAUGGACGCAAGAGGCAACAGGGCAACACAAUUCUGGCCCCAUGCCUCAGACGUCGCACCUCUGUCGCCAGCCCAGCACGCAAUGCAGUGCGCAGCCGCACGAUUUCAACCGCACGGCCCAGCAUUGCAGAACUGAAGACGGUGGUGGUGAACCUGCAACGUCGCCAUGACCGUAUGGAAGGUUGCCGGCAGCGCUUGCUGAGUGUUUGCCCACAGCUGCCUUUCGAACGCUUCGACGCCACGGCGGAAAUCCCUUUGGAAGAGGUCACAACUUCUUGGAAUACGGCACGGAACGUGGAGUUUCAGAAGCAGCGAGCGAUUAGGAAGGGAUGGAAUGAUUUGGAGACCUACCAGGUUCGGCAGCUGGACCUGUCCCCAGGGGAACGUGGCUGUGCUUCCAGCCACAUCCGCGCCUGGCGUUAUUGCGUGGAGCAAGCCAAAGGCACCGAUCAGCCCCUCUUGGUGCUGGAAGAUGAUGCCGCUCCCACUGCCGAGUUUUGCGAGGUUUUAGAGCAAGCCCUUGCGACCUUGCCGGAUGACGCGGAUCUUUUGUACCUGGGCUAUUCUCAGGCAGCCGACUGGCGCCGCGAAGUCUCCCGACAUGUCGUGGAGUCCCACUAUGUGUGGACGACAGUGGCCUACAUUGUCUGGCCCUUGGGGGCAAGGAAGAUGUUGUCCAAGCUGCCGGUCAAUGAACCCGUGGACAAUUGGAUGGCGGGCAUGUGUGCUGAAAAUGAUAUCAAGGCAUACUGCGUUCGCCCGAAGAUUGUGCUUCAAGCAGAUGCUUGGAACGUGAAUUCUGACGUGGCGCAUUCAGAUGAGCACUACUGGGGGCCCAACUCCGACAUUCAGCAUUCGGACGCGCUCUACUGGGGUCCAGGGCAUCCGGAAGCUGGUGGAGACCCGGCAGGUGGUCUCCUAUGGGACUUGGACGACUUGGACGACUUGGACGACUCCGACUCCGAGGACUUGUAA